AUGGCCGUCCGUCGUCUAGAGGCACUAGAACGAAAACUAAAGGCGGAUCCUCCAUUAGCUGAACAAGUUCGCCAACAGAUAGCUGGCUACGAGCACAAAGGUUAUGCGCAUAAAGCCUCUCUAACGGAACUGACAUCUACACCUAGAAAUCGGGUCUGGUAUUUACCAAUAGGAGUUGUAACCAGUCCAAGGAAACCAAACAAGAUCCGGCUGAUUUGGGAUGCAGCCGCUAAGGUGGGUCAUGUUUCAUUCAACUCCCAACUUCUGAAAUCUCUUAACGCCGCUUCCAAAAGUUUUAUGCCAAUUCCGACAAUUUCCAGUGGCAGUCUCUGGAGACCUGAUGGAAAUGUUCCACCAAUUAAAAAUCAGCCCUCUGAUUAUCCGCAAAUCUACAUCAUGGACGUGGCGACGUUUGGGUCGACUUGUUCUCCAGCGUCUGCCCAAUACGUGAAGAACCAAAACGCCAAAGAACUGUCCAAUGAAUUCCCCCGUGCUGCCGAAGCCAUAAUCCACAAGCACUAUGUGGACGAUUAUCUCGAUAGUUUCCGUACCGUCCAAGAAGCAAUAGAGGUAGUGAACGAGGUCAAAACAGUGCAUUCGAGAGGAGGUUUCAAGAUGCGACACUUCUUGUCCAAUAAGGCAGAGGUCCUACGUGAGUGGAGAUGGAUCCCCACGAAGCUUAACAUCGCCGAUCAAGCAACAAAGUGGAAUAGUGGACCACGGCUUUCGACAGAUAAUCCUUGGUUUCGAGGACCAAAUUUUCUGUACGAAGAAGAAGGCUCAUGGCCAAUACAGCGUUUAGUUGCUCCGACUACAGAAGAGCUCCGCUCAGAUGCCAUCAUUUUGUGCCACCACACACCGCGGUUGGAUAUCCCAAUCGAUGUAUCCCGGUUCAAUUCGUGGACUAGGAUUCAACGAACGGUAGCAUUCGUGCUCCGCUACGUGGAUAACUGUCGUCGAAGGAAAAGACACGAGAGUCUGCAACUGGGAGUUCUCACUCAGGACGAACUGAAGCGAGCUGAGGAACUACUGUGGAAGGUCGCUCAAAAGGAGGUAUUCGCGGAAGAAUUGUCAAUUCUCGCUAAGUCACAGGGACCUCCAGAGAAACGACACUGUACAGUGUCCAGAUCCAGUUCUAUUUACAAGACAUGGCCAUUUAUGGACGAUCGUGGGAUCUUGAGGAUGCGUGGCAGAAUCGGUAUGGCUCCUUACAUACCAAAAGAAGCUAAAUUUCCCGCAAUCUUGCCGAGAAAUCACCCAAUAACAUUUCUGAUAAUUGACUGGUAUCACCGUCGCUUUAACCAUGCAAAUCGGGAAACAGUCGUGAACGAGAUCCGUCAACGAUUUGAGAUUCCGAAGCUUAGAUCGAUAGUGGAGAAGAUUGCAAAGAAUUGUGUUCCGUGUCGUAUCUUCAAAGCUGCUCCGAAUCCUCCACCAAUGGCUUCUCUACCAGCGGUGCGUCUUACAUCCUUCGUCCGUCCUUUUUCAUUCGUUGGGCUCGACUACUUCGGACCGGUUUUCGUAAGAGUUGGCCGAAGUCUCGCAAAACGGUGGAUUGCACUGUUCACAUGCCUGACAGUUAGAGCAGUGCACAUGGAAGUGGUGCAUUCUCUCAGUACGGUAUCCUGUAUCAUGGUCGUUCGUCGUUUUGUGGCUCGCCGCGGUCCCCCACGAGAAUUCUACUCGGACAACGGGACAUGCUUCCAGGGUGCCAGCAAAGAGCUCAAGAAGGAAAUUGAAAAACGAAAUGACGCCCUCGCAUCAACAUUCACGAGCGCCGAAACAAGCUGGAAAUUCAUCCCUCCUGCUGCGCCCCAUAUGGGGGGUGUUUGGGAGAGAUUAGUUCGGUCAGUCAAGGUGGCAACAGGGGCUGUACUGGAUGCGACCCGCAAACCACCUUGGAGACAGUCAUCCUAUAAGCUGAGGCUAUGA